UACAGAUAUCCACGUCAACACGUUUAAUUGAUAAGUAAAAUAGGUUCCGUUAAAACCAACCGCAGUGACGCCCACGCUCAAUGCGCUUGUAGGCGCGCGCUUAAAUAGCCGGACUCGUUUCUGGACCAAAGAAAGAAAGCAUCCUUUUGAAUCCAAGGAGAACUGCAUUAGCCUACACAAUGAUGCUCUUUUUUACGGUGAUGCUAGUCAGUGCUGAUGCCAGUAUGGCACUUCACGCCCAAACUUUCAAAAAAGAUGAUCCGUACUCCGGUCGUUCGUUAGUGUGUGAUCGCUGUCCACCUGGAACGUACCUCCGCGCGCCCUGCAGUGCCACCCGAAAGAGCGACUGUGCGAAAUGUCCCAAAGGGGCAUACACAGAAUUUUGGAACCACAUCUCCAUGUGCCUGCGCUGCAGCAUGUGCGCCGAGAACCAGGUUGUCAAGCAGGAGUGUUCUCCAUCCAACAACUGCGAGUGCGAGUGCAAGGAGGGUUCCUACUUCAACAAGAGAUACGAAGCAUGCAUCAAACAUAAAGAAUGCCCCCCUGGUUAUGGAGCGAAUACUACAGGUACACCACAACAAGAUACAGAAUGUGUGCAGUGUCAACCCGGAUUCUAUUCUAACGUUUCCUCGGCAAAAGCAAUCUGUGUUGCCCACUCAAACUGCGAAGCUGGUGGACUGCGCGUGGUGCUGAAAGGCAGGGGCUGGCACGAUACACUGUGUGCCUCAUGUGAUGACCUCAAAACUCGUGAUGGAGCUGGAUAUCUGCAGGAAAUCCUUCCUGCGUUCUUCACUCAACUUCACCAGAAGAUGGGCAUUAAGAGAAUACGUCGGUUAGCGAUGAGGCUGCCACAAGAGGGAGGCAAGAAACCGCUCCGAGGAACAGUCAUGAAACUUUCUAGGAGGGGUCUUAAUGACUUUAUGAACAGUUGGGACCAAGGUGCAGGGAAAGACCAAGUUAGGAAACUUCCAGAGAUGUUAAGGAAGACAGGGGCCCACAAUGCAGCAGACAAACUAGAGCUUAAACUGAAAUAUAUAGACCAACAAUUCAAACUCUGUGAAGGGUUAGUUGAAGUAGCCUAAAAUGGGUUAAAGUAGCCUCUCAUCCCCAUCUUCUUAAUAACAUAUCUUGACAGGAAAAAGUAAGUUGUCCAUUUUAAAAUGGUUCAUAUAGGGUACGUGGGCUAUGCAGUCUAGACCAGGGUUCCCCAAUAUGUGGCCGUGAUUUUAUUUGGCCUCCC